GUCACAAACAUGGCACGCUUUUGAGAAGAACAUGUGAGUCUGUGAACGUGGGAUCAGAUUUGAGGAGUCAUUAAAAACGAUCCGGUUUAAGAUUACAUCUGUGUUAAAGCACCAUGGCGGCAGAAGAAGAUUUCCCUCGUGGUGGAGCAGUGAAGAAAACAUCUGAGCAGAAAACUGCUAAAACUAACAAGUUUCGAGUGGAAGUGGACAAUCUCUUCGAGACUCGAGAGCCGGUAGUGAAGAAGAAGAAGAAGAAAGGUGUGAGAAAGGAUGAAGAUGAAAAUCCAGCCAAAAGGCAGAAAACUGAAGGUGGUCUGAAGCUGAACACAACGACCAGCACGGAGAUCCUGCAUAUGAAGAAUCUGAAGCUGGGCACGGUGCUGCUCGGCUGUGUGAGGGAGAUCUUAAACUUUGAAGUUGUGCUCGGUCUCCCCAGUGGAAUGAAAGGCUACAUGCCCAUCUCGAGCAUUUCUGAUGCCUACACGAAGAUCCUGAGCAGCGCGCUGGACUCUGGGACAGACCUCGAGGAUCUUGUGUCCCCUGCCCACCUCCUCACCCCGGGGCAGUUGGUCAGAUGUGUGGUGACGACGCUGGAUCUGUCCAAGCAGGGCUUUGUCUGUCUCAGACUGUCCAUCAACCCCAAAGACGUCAACAAGGAGCUGAACUCCAGCUCUCUGAAAGCAGGCAUGACUCUCGGUGGCUGUGUGGAGAGCGUUGAGGAUCACGGUUACCUGAUAGACAUCGGAGUGAGUGGAACCAAAGCUUUUCUGCCCAAAGAUGAAACUGUCACAGCAAAAAAAGAUCUGAAGGUGGGUCAGUACGUGACGGCCAAGCUGGAGGAGGUGAAGAACGAGGGAAGGGUGGUGCGGCUUUCUGUCAAUCCUACUGUGGUUAAUCAAACCUGCGCAGAGACGAAUCACGGCUGGACGCUGAGUAACCUCUUACCUGGGCUGCUGGUCCAAGUCUGCAUCAGGAAGGUAACGACUCACGGCCUGAUCGUAACAUUCCUCUCAAAUUAUACCGGCCUGGUGGACUUCAUGCACGUCGACCCUGAUAAAUUGGCCACGUACAAAGUCGGGGACGAGGUGAAAGCUCGUGUCCUGUAUGUGGACCCGUCGUCUCGUCUGGUGGGUCUUUCCCUGCGCAGCUACCUCCUAUCACCAGGGGGCGGUAUGUUAGACAUCGUGACGAAUGAGAGAACAGGGGAGGUGCUGAAGGGCUGCAAGAUGACUGCUGUACACCACCAAUCCGGAGCCAUGAUGGAGCUGCCGGACGGGACCACGGCCUUCGUGCACAAAAGCCAUCUGAAAGAAUCCAAAGGGGAAUUUAACCCAAACCGACUCCUCGCUCAGCCUGAACACACACUGAGAAUAUUAGACUACAGCCCAAUGGAGCAGAUCUACAUGGCCACGCUGCGCAAAGCAGUUAUCGAAAUGCCUUUCUUCAGCUAUCAGGAUAUUAAAGCAGGACAGACAGUCCAGGGCACGGUGCUGAGCCUGGAAAAGUACGGCUUGCAUGUGAAAAUCACAGACCACAUUAAAGGCCUCGUUCCUAGAAUUCACCUGGCGGACAUCAUCCUCACCAACCCUGAAAAAAAGUACAAGGAAGGCAUGAGGAUCAAAUGUAAAGUUUUAUCAGUGGACCCCCAAAAUAAAAAGAUCACUCUGAGCAGGAAAAAAGCUCUGAUGGAGUCUCCGCUGCCCGUGUUCCUGACGUACAGAGACGCUCGUGUGGGGCUCGUCUCCCACGGCUUCAUCGUCUGCAUCAAGGAUUUUGGUUGCAUCGUAAGAUUUUUAGGCGAGGUUAAGGGCCUGGUGCCGACGUCCGAGCUGACCUCGGAGCCCUGCGACAACCCACAGGGUCUUUUUUACAUAGGACAGGUGGUGAAAGCCAAAGUGCUUAAGUGUGACGCUGACAAGGAGAAACUGCUCCUGUCCUUUAAAGCAGUGACCGCGAGAGACAUCGAGAAGGUCCAGCGUGUCAAGUUCAACUUUGAAUUCGGAAAGAAAGUGGAAGUGAUUGUACAAAAGAAAUCCCAGACUUGUCUUGAAGUGUCUAUUCUCCCAGAAGACAUGCCGGCUCUGCUUCCCACACCGCACCUCUCUGACCACAUGUCCAACUGCUCUCUGCUGUGGACGGCGCUCCAGGAGGGAGACACCAUCUCGAACGUUGUGUGUCUGAGACGAGACAAAGAAAGCAUCAUUCUCAGUAAGAAGCCGUCUGUGAUUGUGGCUCUAGAGGCAGAAAACUUGGUAUCGUCCUUCUCAGAGCUGCAGGUGGGGACGGAGAUGCUGGGCUGGGUGAAGAGCAUCAUGUCCUACGGCGUCUUUGUCGACUUCCCUCACGGCUUGUUUGGCCUCGCACCCAAAGCUACUAUGAGCGAUAAGUUCGUCACAGACACUGCAGGAGUGUUUGAGGUCGGGCAGACGGUAUUAGCCAAGGUGACCAACUUGGAUGAGGAGAAACGUCGGUUUUUGAUCAGCCUGAAGGUGUCGGACGUGAGCUGGUCAGAGAACGACGCCAAGGCCAGACUGAUCCAGGGUCAGAGCGAAAGAACGUCCGUGUACGACGCGAUGACCUCGAGAGGCGACUCGGACUUGCUGCAGCAGCUCUCGUCUGUUUCGCUCGGGGAUAAACUGAAGAUGACCGUGGACGUGACACGAGAGGACGGCUCGGUCGUCCUGACCUCAGAUCAGCUCAGCUACGCCACAGUGCUGGCCUCCAAAUACCACGUAGCAGAUGUCAACACCACUCCAGGCAAUCAGGUCACCGCUGUAGUGCUUCACGUUGACUUUUUGACCUCUGAAGUCCAUGUGUCCCUUCUGCCUGAUCUCACGGUGAAGAAGAAAAAGUUAACAGCUGACUCCCAGCACACCGCUACAGUCCAGUACAUGGACAAAGACUUUGCCGUAAUCUCAUUGGGCAACACCGGUCACCUGACUGUGAUUUUGACAUCCGACCACUUAAACGAAACGUUCAGCUCUGAUUCAGAAAAGCUGACCGUGGGUCGUAACGUAACCGUGAGCGUAACCGACCCGUGCUGUGAACAUCUGGGUGGACGAGCCCUCGUGGUUAAACAAGCCAAAAGCAGCGCUUCUCGGAACCGAGGCGGAGUGCACAAAUACAAGCCCGGGGACUUUGUGACGGCAAAGAUUAAGACCAUAAAACCUCUGUGUGUACUCGUAACUUUGCCGGAUGGAGUCACGGGCAGCGUGCAUGUUUCUCAGAUCAGUGAAUCGCCCAAAGUUGGAGGAUUCCCCACGUCGUCCCUGAAGGUCGGGGCUGAAGUUAAGGGCAGGGUCAUUGGUGCUCGUGACAUCCACAACCACAGGUUUCUCCCCAUCAGCCACCCCAACUUUGUCUUCUCUCAGCCUGAGCUCACGCUUCUCCCCAGUAAACUGGACGAUAGCAUACCUGCAGCGUCACUGGAGAACAAGCCUGACCCACAGAGCUUUAAAUCUGGACAGGAGGUCAUGUGCUAUGUAUCUAAAUACGUUCAGAAGUCAAAGUGUCUCGAGGUUGCCGUGUUUCCGAACAUUUUUGGAUUUGUGGACUUGCUGGCUAUGAUCACUAAACCUAAAGAGGCAAAGCAUCCACAAAAGCUCUACAAACACGGCCAGUGCGUCUCCGCUAAGGUCGUCACGAUCAACCCCAAAAAGCCAAACCAGCUCAAACUUUCCUUUACAGGGACGCACACUCUCGAGAAGGGGGUCGUUACCAUGGGUAUGGUGUGGAAAAAAAUCCCCCACGUGGGCUUGAUUCUGAAUCUGCCGUUCGGGAAUUUCGGCAUGGCACGUAUCACCGAUUUAUCAGACGAGUACGUGGACGCUCCGUUUGAGCAGUACAAAGAAGGCCAGAUGGUCAGAUGCUGCGUUGUUGGUGAAGAAGGCGGAAAGUUCCAGUUGUCUCUGCGUAUGUCCAGGAUCCGCACCGGAAAAGCUUUGAAGGUGAAAGACGUGGACGUCGGCUCCGUCUCAGAGCUCCAGGAGGGUCAGAUCAUCCGAGGUUAUGUAAAGAACGUUGGAGAAAAGGGCAUCUUCGUGAGGUUAUCCAGAUCAGUCACAGGAAGAGUCCUGUUCCAACACGCCACAAACUACUUUGCAGUCGACUCCGAUGUGUUCCCGCAGCACGUCUCCCAGAAUGCACUGCUGACCACCAAAGUUCUCCACAUUGAUGCAAAGACCGGUCACGUGGACCUCUCCUUGCUCCCAGAGGACACGGGAAAACCAGACAUUCUCCCAGAAUCCCUCGGGCUCCCACUGCGCCUGAGGGGAAAGGACAAGGAGGAGCACGACAAGAAGAACGCUGCAAAGAAGCGCAAGAUGGCUGAGAACCUGCAGAAAGAAGGCGGGCCACAGAAGAAACUAAAGAAAGAAGAAAACGAUGCAGAGAGCAAGAAAAAGAAGUUGGCGAAGGAAAAAGAGACGACGAACUCGCAAGCUGAAGAUCAGGACAGUGGAGUCGAGGUGUAUUUUAGAGAAAAGGGCACAGAGAAAAAGGACAAAGCAAAGAAAAAAGGUAAAAGUGCAGCUGCGGCUUCAGAAACGCCAAGCAGGCUACAGGUAGCAUCUGAUUUCUCCUGGGACGUAGCGCUGAGUUCUCUCAAACCUGUAACUUCGGCCCAAAACGUGUACGAGUCCAGCGAUGACGAGCAGGAAGACAGCAAGACUACCAAGAAGUCCCGGCAGGAGGCGAAGCUGGAACGGAAGGAAGCGGAGCUGAAGCUCAGCAAACGUGAGGCGGAGCUCAUGGAGCCCUCGGCGCGACCGGAGAGCGCGGAGGCUUUCGAGCGGCUGCUGCUCUCGUCACCAGACUCGUCUCUGCUCUGGCUACAGUACAUGGCGUUCCAGCUACAGGCCACACAGAUCGAGCAGGCGCGAGCUGUAGCCGAGAGAGCCCUCAAAACCAUCUCCUUUAGGGAGGAGCAGGAGAAGCUGAACGUGUGGGUCGCUCUGCUCAACCUGGAGAACAUGUACGGUACUGAAGAGAGCCUUCAAAAAGUGUUUGAGCGAGCCGUUCAGUACUGUGAGCCCAUACCUGUGUACCAACAGCUGGCAGAUAUUUACACCAAGUCCAACAAGAUCAAGGAAGCCGAGCACCUUUAUAAGAACAUGGUGAAGCGCUUCAGGCAGGAGAAGGCCGUGUGGCAAAGUUACGGCUCCUUCUUGCUGCGUCAGGGACAGAGCGACGCUGCCAAUGCUCUCCUCCAGAGGGCGCUGCAGAGUCUGUCCAAUAAAGAGCAUGUGGACUUGAUAGUCAAAUUUGCUCGGUUGGAAUUCCAGUACGGGAACGAAGAGCGAGCCAAGGCCAUGUUUGAAAAAGUCCUGAGCAGCUACCCCAAACGCACAGACUUGUGGUCCGUCUUCAUAGACCUGAUGAUGAAGCACGGCUCACAGAACGACGUCAGGGCCCUGUUUGAUCGCGUGGUCCACCUGAGUGUAUCGGUGAAAAAGGUUAAGUUCUUCUUCAAGCGCUACCUGGACUACGAGAAGAUACACGGCACACCAGAGAGCGUCCAAGCGGUCAAGCAAAAAGCUAUGGAGUAUGUGGAGACCAAAGGGACUGACGCCGCUAACUAGAACAAGCCAUCAACGUGGAACCAUUAAUCACAGAAACCAGUAAACAUGUGGACAAUAAUCCUAAUCUUGUGGCUUUGGGAGGAUGAAAUGUAUCCUGCUUAUGGUAGUAUCUCCGGCUGUUGGUAAUUGCAUCCGUUUCGCUUGUCUGGAUUCUUUCGUGGAAUCUAAUUGACAAACUUAAUAGGAUUUAUUUAAGACAUCAGGCUUUUAACCAGAAGUGAGCCAAAACUGUUGAUGAAGAGGCUGGCCAGUCUUCUUUCUUUCUUUCUUUCUUUUUUUUUUUUUUUUUUUUAAAUAAAUUAGUGGUUGAAAAAAAAAAAAAAUCAGGUUUUUACUGAUAUCAUGAAUGCAAGAUUAGAUUUUUGUAAAUGGAUUAAUUAAAGUGUUCCAAAAUCAUUCACUCUUUUAUAAGAAGCUUUAUCCACAAAACAUUUUAUUCAAAAAAAAAAUAAUAAUAAUACAAAAUAAAAAAAAGUGGCAAUGGGUUGGCCCUGAUACAUACUCAAUAAUAGGGAAGUACAGUUUAACUGCUGAUUAUUAGCUCAUAUCAUCAUAUUUCUUCUUUUAAUCACUAUACAAAGCCCAAUAAAGACUCACGGGACCUUUCGAACAGAACAA